AUGAAUGUUCGAACACUUUUGAAUUCAAAUAUAACUAUUCCAAUUUCUUUAAAAGCGAAUCAAUCGGGAUUUAAUGUUCCAUCAGAUGUUUCAAAACCUUUGAUAAUGAUCGGUCCUGGUACAGGAGUGGCCCCAUUUAUUGGUUUUCUUCAACAUAGAGAACAACUAAUUUUGUCUGAAAAGAAAAUAGACAAUGAUAAACAUUUAGGUGAUAUGUGGUUAUUUUAUGGAUGUAGGGAUAAAGAAAAAGACUUUUUGUACCGUAAAGAAUUAGAAGGUUUUGUAGAACGAGGGGUUUUAAAAGAACUAUUUAUUGCUGUUAGUCGAGCACCUGGUGCUGGCUUAGAUGGAAAACCAAAAUAUGUUCAAGAUCUUAUGAGGAUUCAAAGUCAAAAUUUAUUUGAAUUAAUAACAAAAAAAGAUGCUAUGAUUUUUGUUGAUGCCAAAGGUAUGGCAAAGGGUGUAAACGAUGCUUUGGCUGAUAUUCUCGUAGAACACAGUCAUAUGCAACAAUCAGAUGCAUUAGAUUUAUUAAAGAAAUGGAUAAAGGAAAACCGAUAUUUACGUGACUUG